GACUAGCUAAAAGUCGCCUUUGGCAGGGUACUGGUCUGUUGUACGGGGUUAACAGCGGGUUAGCAUUCUUGAAAACUCGAUUUGAAGCAAAGCUUCUAGUGUGCCUGCAACUCUAACUUAAGUAGGGAUAAAUGUUUCUGAAUCAUUCAUUAAUUAAUUUACACAGAAUUGCCUGAUUAAACAAUUAUCACAGGAUACCAGCUUGCUGAUGGGGCUUUUAGGCGCAUCAUUUCUCUCGUUGCAUUUCAACAUAAAGUAAAAUAUAUUUUAGGAACCGUUAGUCGCAAGAGUGUAUUCAGCGCCGUUUGAAUUUGCUCUUUCCGCUAAUUUAGCGGUAGCAGGACAGUAGACCGCCAAGCUGGGGAAACCGCGCCGAACAUUACGCCCCCAGCUGUUGGGAGGCAUACGCUAGUGGCUGAAUUAUUAAAAAUCCCAACAAAUGCUUCUUAAACUGAAACAAACCUAGCGAGUAACUUUUUGGAUUAAAAUAGACUCUACAAUGUAACUGGUGUCAACUUGGAAUUCUCUGUUAACUUUAUCGACUGCAUAAAUGAAUACCGGUUGGUGCAGGACAAUAUAGAACGCUAUUUUUUUUUCUAUCGAAGUAACAAACGCGUGUGGUUGCUCACUACUUGUGGCCGGCAGAACUGAGAAAGGUCACGACGUCUUCCCACUCAGCUAGUCCGGAUCAUUCGAUUUAAUUUAAUGUCACCUAGACGCGCACUCCUACGCAACAUUCGAGCUAGUUUUCGACUUGUGUGUAUGUGUUAUAAACAGCCGAGAACAAAAGAAAAGAAUUUCUUCCUAUAUAAAAAGGUCGGCGUCGAACUUAAAGAAUACCUGGGAAAUGUCAACCGUGCAGUGCCCAAGUUUCGCCUACUAUGGGAAGGGAUCGACGACAUUCUGGGACAAUUUACUGAAGCAUGCUUCGUUUAUGGAAACUGCAUAAGUUCGAAUGUUUCGUCGGACAUCGAUUUCAAAAGGAAUUGUCAACUUGUCGCUAAGGGGUCUUUUAUUUCGCUCGGGUAUCUGACGGCAGCCUUCGCCCAGCCGGUGUCAAUGCUUGCCGAUCAAGUAGAAAAAUAUGCUUCAGCGUUUGUGCUAAAGGCAGAUCUAAUCGAGAAAAUGUGGUGUCACCUCGUCAUCAAGUUUAUGCCGGACAUGACCCGUCGAACUGAUGACACUGUGACAAUGUUGACAGGACGAAAAUCAUCGGUAUUAACUGCGCAUCGGCCGCACAGCUCCAAACAAACCUCGGUUCAAUCCUUGUAACGUUUUAACUAUUGCUCCCAAAGGAAAAAGCUAAGUAUGGUAGGCUAGAAACUCCUCGUCACUUCUUUUCUGGGACCCGUACAACUUUAUACGUAGAAUUUUGACUAACUGCUAAAGCCCGAAAUAAUUAUGAUAUAAAGAAUUAUUAUGAAAUGGAUUGUGGUGGUAGAGUGUAAAGUGUUUAUAGUGGCUUCUAGUGAACGUUAUGUGCGUAGCUUAACAAGUUGUAUACCUGGCACAUUGCUGAAAGAUGGCCGACAAAUAUUUUGAAGACAGUUGGGCACAUCGUUGUCUGCAAUACGGCCAACAAAGUUCAUUGUACGUAUUUGUAAUUGCUUGUGAUAUGGAAAUAAUACCAUACGACAACUAAUAAAACAACUUCCAUAUAGGCGCGA